AUGGGGUUCUCCACCGCUAGCCUAUCUGUGACAAGUCUCUCUUCUUUUUGUGUGGUUUUUUCUCUUUAUUUGCCAUCUGGAACCCAAUAUUUGCUUCGGAAAAUUGUGAGUUCCCAGCAAUCUUCAACUUUGGUGACUCAAAUUCGGAUACUGGUGGAUUCGCUGCUUCCUUCCCUCCUCUUAAUUCUCCUUAUGGAGAAACUUACUUUCACAUGCCGGCGGGGAGCAAAGAGUCUUAAUCUCUCAUAUCUUAGUGCUUACCUUGAUUCUCUGGGGGCCAACUUCACUGUCGGAGCAAAUUUUGCCACAGCAGCAUCCACCAUUAGAUUACCAACUAGUAUUGUACCCAAUGGUGGAUUCAGUCCAUUCUACCUUGCAGUGCAAUAUGCUCAAUUCAUUCGAUUUAACGCCACAUCACAGUUGAUUAGGAAACAAGGAGGAGUAUUCGCACAAUUGAUGCCCAAGGAUGAAUACUUUCAAAAAGCUUUAUACACAUUCGAUAUUGGUCAGAAUGAUCUUGGAGCUGGAUUUUUCGGAAAUAUGUCUGUUGAGGAAGUGAAUGCGUCUGUUCCUAGUAUUGUCGAUGCAUUCUCGACAAAUGUUACGAAAGACAGUAUUGGUUGCGCCAAGCCUUAUAAUGAAGUAGCUCAAUACUUUAAUUAUAAGCUGAAAGAGGCAGUAGUUCAACUCAGGAAGGAUUUUCCUUCAGCUGCAUUCACAUAUGUAGAUGUCUAUUCCGUGAAGUAUUCUUUAUUCAGGGAACCCAAAAAACAUGGAUUUGAUGAGCUUCCACUUGUGGUAUGUUGUGGGUAUGGAGGCAUGUAUAACUACAGUGCGAGUGCCGGAUGCGGAGCAACAACUACAGUAAAUGGCACCCAAAUAACUGUGGGUUCAUGUGAUGACCCGUCGGCACGAGUAGUUUGGGAUGGAAUUCAUUACACCGAGGCCGCCAACAAAUUUGUUUUCGAGCAAACAUCAACAGGAGCCUUUUCUGAUCCUCCUACUACUUUGAAUAUGGCAUGUCAACCUCGCGGGAAUAUAGGCUAA